CACCACAAUUUUCUUUUUUUAUCUCUUUAUCUUUGCCCCAAUUCUCAUUUUUGCUACAAAAAUCAAGAAAAGAUAACUUUCUUGAUAACCCUAAAAACUUGUCAAAUGGCUUUUGCAGGAACAACACAAAAAUGUAUGGCAUGUGAAAAGACAGUGUAUUUGGUUGAUAAAUUAACUGCAGACAAUAGAGUGUUUCAUAAAGCUUGUUUUAGAUGCCAUCACUGCAAGGGUACUCUCAAGCUUAGCAACUACAAUUCAUUUGAGGGAGUUUUAUACUGUAGACCUCACUUUGAUCAGCUCUUCAAAAGAACUGGAAGUCUUGAUAAAAGCUUUGAAGGGACACCAAAAAUUGUGAAGCCAGAGAAAGAUGAGAAACCACAUGCUGCAAAAGUUUCAAGCAUGUUUGUUGGAACUAGGGAGAAAUGUUUUGGCUGCAAGAAUACUGUCUAUCCAACAGAAAAGGUAUCUGUGAAUGGAACACCAUACCACAAAAGUUGCUUCAAAUGUAGUCAUGGAGGCUGUGUAAUUAGCCCAUCCAACUAUAUUGCUCACGAGGGGCGCCUCUAUUGCAAGCAUCACCAUGUUCAACUGAUCAAGGAGAAAGGAAACUUGAGCCAACUCGAGGGUGAUCACGACAAGAAUUCAUCAGUUAGAACAACAGAAUCAUAAAAAUUCCAACAAUAUAUAUAUCAUGUAGUUUUUUCAUGAAUAAAGGUUAUAAUUUAGCUUGAAUGUACUUCCUUUUGUUACCCUAUUUUUCUAUCAAAUUGAUUCUCAAUCAUAUUUAUUCUUGUGUAUGUUUGAACUUCUUUUUGGGUUUUACUUCUUGUGUUGUUUGAAAAUUUUCUAAGUCGAUAAAUGAAUUAAAUA